CUUACUUUUGAACCUCAUAAAUGAUGCUUUGUUCUUAUAGUUGUCUAGGGUUCUUAUUUUUGCUAAAAUUAUUUUAGAAUCUAUGUUAAAACCGUUUUUUAUGUUUAUAUUAUAGUUAUAUUUAAUUUUUUAUAUAAAUUUAUAUCUAAUGGAUAAACUAGGAACUGAAACUAAUACUUCAGUCACUGACAUUUAUAAUGUACGAGAGUUUAGAAAAAACAAUCAAAAAUGGUGUUGUAGUACUGAACAAUGCCCUAUGUGUCAUAAUUUUCAAAAAAAAUUUUAUUGUCAAAAUUGUGUAAGCAAUGGUGAUUUUGGUCAUUCUUCUUUGGAAAAAGGAAGGUUUUCAAAAAUGCACUUAAAGUUUAAAAAUAUUGUCUGCAGUUGCGAAUCACUAAAAACAGAAUGCACCAAAUUAUUUACCAAAAAACAUCACACUUUACUUAAGAGAAGUGAGGUAUCCAUAUUGCAAGAGAAAAUUAAAUUAUUAAAUUUAUCAAUCAUGGAUAAAAAUAAAGUUAUUUUAGAUAAAAAAAGUGCCUUAAAAAAAUUAAAAACUGAAAUAGAUAGUCAAAAAUCGAGAGUUGAUCGAUAUAGUAGGCGGGUAGUUCGACUAGAAGAUUUCACCAAAGGGCAAGAAGAAACUUUAAAAGAAAAAACUAAUGAAUUGUGUACUAUACAACCUGAUUUAAAAAACAUAAUACGUACACGUAUUAAACAGUUAGUGACUCAUAUAUUUUGCUUAGAUGAAGUACAUCCUACUGUUAUACCAAGUGAAGAGUUACAGGCAAAUAGUAGUAUUAGUAAUGCUCUAGCAGAAGCUUCUAAAUUAACAUAUGUAUGUGGUCAAUGGGUUGAUACUUGUGAUGAAUGGUCAAGACAAACUGAACUUGGAUAUAGAAUUGUUGCUCCUACCUUACCAGCAAAUGGAGACUAUUCAUCAUAUUAUGAAUGGGUUUCAGAUAAAAAUAAAGACUAUGCUUUUCAUCAAUCAUUAGUUGAACCUAAUCCUGCUUGUACAAUUAGUGCUGCAUUGACCUAUACUUCUCAAUUAGUUAAACAAUUAUCAUUUUUUCUUGAUAUAUUUUUACCUAGACGACAAAAUAUAAGUGAAUUUUGUGGAAAUGAAUUAAACGAAAUAAAAUUUUCAAAAUAUGUUACCCAUUUAAAUGCAAAUAUUUUAUAUUUAUGUUUCUCUCAAAAUGUUGAUCCAAAAUUAUUGAGUCCUGAUCACACAUUGAAAAAUUUACUUCACUUACUUAAUACAAAUGUCAGUGAUUUAGGACGGAUUGACUCAGUGAGUAUUGAUGCAAAAUUAUGUAAUGCUUUGGAAGAAAAAAUUGUUAUGCAGUUACAUUCAUUUAGUGGCGAUUCUGACUCUGAAGAUGACAAUUAUUAUGAGUGGGAAGCUGUUCCGAAUGUUGAAUACCCUGCUGAUCAUAAUCAAAUGGCUUUACAGACAACUAGUAGUGUUGUAAGAGCAGGCCUUGUUGCAAGUACUGCAGCAAGUAUAGCAUCAAUAUGGCGUGGAUGGACUACUAAUCGAUAGAUUUUGUAUUUGAGAGAUACAAGGCGUAUACUUAAUUAUUUAAUUGAUAAUUUUUUUAAUACAGAUUAGUCAUACUUUUUGCACAUAUUUUAUUAAAAAAUGUUUAUUGUUAAGUUUAUUAUUUAGAUGAAAAACUAUUUUGUUUUUACAACUUUAUUAUAGUUAUAUAUAUAUAUAUAUGUGUGUAUAUAUAAAUAGUAAUUGUAAAUAAAUAAAUAAAUUAGUGCUUA